AUGGGCAGAACUUCAGACACCAGCCUGUUGAGUGUCACAUUCUCUAACACUUUGAGAGUAGGCUUUAUUGACAGAUUCUCCCAACAAACUUUGAAGAAGCACAAGCCAUCGGGCCCCACAGUCUCGAAUUCGUGGUGCAUGGAUUCGAUCGUCUGGAGACAGAAAGCGAUGCAAACGGCUCGAUGGGCAUCUCUGCGCCUGGGGCCGACAGAAAUUGUGCUAGCGUCCCUAGGGACCACCAUCAAGCGUCCGGGCCGUCAUUUGGUUUACCGGCUAUGGCGGAAAGAAAAGCGGCCUUUAGCAACCUGCGCAUCACCGGGUCUGGGCGUCAAGUUGAGCCUGGCAAGACGAAUCUCGGUUUGA